AUGAUAUAUAACAUUCGGCAAGAUAAUUUAACGAAUGAACAAAUACUAGAACAAGUAGAUUGGAAACCUAUAGGUGAUAUAUAUAAAAAGCGUAUCUUGACUUUAAUGCAUGAUGUAUAUUAUAUGAAUGUUCCACAGGAUUUGCAAAACCUAUUCACACGGACUGCGAGAGUAGGAAGACGAAAACAGAAUUUUAAUAUGAUUAGGUGUAAAACCGAAAAAGGAAGGACAUCUUUACGGUACAGAGGUCCUAUAGCAUGGAACCAACUUGAUAAUGACACCAAGGCGAUAGUUAAUAAAAUCGCAUUUAAAACUAAAAUUAGGAAUAGUCCAAACUUAGAUAGUAUAAAUUUUCUUAAAGAAGCAGCUGUAAAUAACAACAAGAAUACUAAAGACUUCAAAUAUUUCUAA